CCAACUGGUGUAGUACGUACGAUAUUCCUUCAGAAUCUUCAGGAAUUUUGAGUAUUCAUAUCGUUGGAAAGAUGAUAAUCCUGUUUCUUCUUAUGGCCUCUUUUGUCCAUCAUGGAAGACCUGGUUCUCCUUGUCCUAAAGAAGACAUUUCUCCGUGGUUCUGUGUCAACACACCAACUACUCGUCAGGACAUUUACACUACUUUUAUCUGCAACAGACACAAGUGUGAACGUCGUCUUGAGAAAGCAGCGGGGCAUUUCAUCAUCGAUAGGAUUAUGAUUUCUGAUGUGAAAAAAGAUAAAAGAAAGAAAAGCCGUGGUGUGAUCAGGCUUCCACCAAACUGGCUGUGGACAUCCCGAGUUCGUGAGUUGGAGAUUCGUAGUACUCCAUUGUCAGGUUGUUUUUUAUGCGACAGUCCUCUAAGCGGGCAGGAAUAUUACCUCAACAAACUUGUUGCUUCUAACUGUUUUCUCAGUGGAAAGGUUUGUACUGACUGUAAGAAAAGUAAAGUUUUUGAUUACGGUCACAUCACUGCAGUGGAUAUAACAGGUCUUAGACACCUAAGAAGUUUAAGAGUACUCGAUUUUUCCUUCAAUAAACUGGAAGAACUCUCCAACACAUCUUUUCCUUCUAGUUUGACCAGCCUGAAAACAUUGGUGUUAUCUCACAACAUCAUAUCCGACAUUUCAAGCAAAGCGUUUACUCAACUUCCUUCCCUGGCUGAACUGGAUCUUUCGUACAACCAGAUAAAUAAUCUCAGCAGAGAUAUGUUUUCUAGUCCUAACGUUAAUUUGAAAGUACUAAACUUAAGUUGGAACAAACUGUCAUUACUACCGGAAAACAUAUUCUCUUUCAUGUUUAGUUUACGUGAAGUAGUUUUCACCAACAAUUUACUUCAGUUUCUACCUUCAACAACCUGGAACCAAGCUCCGACUGCUAUCCACCGGAUUGAUGUGACUGGCAACUUCCUAAUUUGCGACUGUCACAUGAAGUGGAUAGUAACAAAUUUGACUUCGAGAACAAGGUUGCAUGGGUCAUGCAGCGCCCCCUGGAAGAUGGUAGACAAGUACUUGAAACAUGCGGCUGGAAUCAUGGUCUGUGAAUGACAAAGAAUAGAUAUUUUUAUUUGAAUUACAAUAUACACAGUUUUGUUGCUAUUAAGGGCAGAAAUAAGAAUAUAUAGAGGUUUGUAGUAGUUAGUAGCAUCGGAAUAUUUACAUAAACGUUAGAUAACGGUGCUUUGUAGAUAUAAAGUUGUAUUUAUAGUGAGGUUUUCAAUACACAGAAAUACUAUAUAUAUAUAUAUAUAUAUAUCAUGUCCUUAUUCUUUAAUCUUUGCCUUUUAACCCAAAAUGAUAUAACUGAAGAAAGUAUCAAAAUCCCAUUUUUGUCGGUUUACGAAAAAACACAACAAAACUACAACCAAAUGUUUCAAUAAAUGAACAAAAGUCGAAACUUUAUUAGAAAUAAUGUAACCCAGUUUUACGAGUAAGGAGGGAAACAUUUAAAACUAAUAAACAGCAAAAUACUGAAAAAUAAGAAAUAAUACAAAUUAGCUUUUCCGAAUAAAGUGCUACAUGAGGCAAACUAAACUAUAUUUGGCAACAAUUUAUAAACUGAAAAAUAAACUAUUAUUCAUAAACAAAGCUAAACAGAUCUUACAAUAUUCAAAACUGAAUAACAAGAAAUUUUUUGAACAAUUCUAUUCAAAAAUUACGAUAUAAGUAGUUAACUGGCAUGAGCCAACCUACAGAAAAUAACUCUUUUUGUAAUUUCUUUAACUUUUGUCUUAGAAAACUGUGAUCUAAAGUUAUUAUACUGCAUGCCAAAAUAACAUCAUAGACAAUAUACUUAUGUCUGUUAUAGUCAAGCAGUGAAUUGUGGCAGACACAAAGGUAGAUAUGAAGUGCUAUUUUUUACACGCCUCUGACUUGAAGUCUGUUGUGUACAAAUGUUGUGCUAUCAUGAAUAUUGGUCCUACUGAGGUGUGCUAAUUAUUUUCAACAUAGAUAAUGAAAUUUUUAUUCGUACAGCUGUAAAAACUAUUGCUUAUUUAUAUAAAGUUAUUAUUUUUGGUGUACAAGAGGAAACUAUUGUUUCUGUAGCUUUCGAAAAUGUUGCUGCUUUAAAAAUGGCCAUUAUGUUUGGUACAAAAAGAAUCUGUUGUUACUAUAGCUGUAGAAUGUGUUGCUGCUUUAAAUAUGACGAUUAUUUUUGCUACAGAUAAGGAAACUGCUGUUGUUGUUGCAGUAGCAAUAAUCACCAUCACUAUAAGUGUGAAUGAACUAUAUUAGUGUCUAAUGCUUGUACAUGUAAACUUUACUUUUGAAACAGUAUAAUGACAUUUUAAAAUGAUAUUUAUUAUAUAAUGAUACUGUUUAGCGUUAAAUAGUUUUAAAGCAUGUCAUUGUUUUAAACAUUACAUUUAAUGUGAUGAGAAUGUAUAAUAUUAAGAUACAGCUUAUUGUCAUAUUACAGUCACAAGUAAUGAUACACAGUAUUAAAUAUUUAACUAAAAACGGGUAUACGCCACAUUGGAAUAUUAAUGAUUUUGAAUAGGAGCUAGCCAAAGGAAAAUAUUGAUGUUGUUGUUUACUUUACCGGAAUAUCAAUCUUUUAGUGUAUUAAGCAACUUAAAAGCUUAUAGUACGCUAAUGUUUCUUACAUGACUUGUGUAUUUUUAUACAUUUUAAGUGGUUGUUGUCUUUAUAGUCUGUUCUUUUUUUUCUCUUCUGUAACCUAACUUAUAAUUCUGAAUAAAGAAAAUUCUAAAUUAAUAUUAAUUAGUCUGCACUUAGUUCAUUUGAUGUACCGCUAGGAAAUUUCUUCAUUUUUCUUUCUUUAGAUAGAAGUCGGUUUAAAGCAACAGAACUCUUGUGGUAACGGCAAAGCAACAGAACUCCCAUAUUUAUAGUUAUAUAUAUAUAUAUAUAUCAGUAGUAGUUGGUUAGACGACACCAGUCUAAUUUUUACCUGUAUAUAGUAGUUACCGACUGAAUGGAUAUUAAUAAAUGUUCAGAUAGGACCAUAUGAAAAGUGUUAGAAAUUUAAAAUUACUUAAAAGUUGAUAUGAGGCUGGAGGGGAUAUUUAAUAUUGUUUAACAGCUGACAAAAACAAAUGAGGGUAGUAUUUGAGAGUUGUUGAAAAGGAACAGGUGAAAUAUAAUAACGUUGAUGUAGAGUGACUAAUUGUUAGUGAAAAGUGAGUCUUUGCAUGGUGCCAAAUUGACCAGUCUAAUGACUAAGUAACUAUAUGCAAUCUUCUUGUGAUUAGUUAACCAAGAAAUUGAGAUUAAUUAAGAAAUUAUUCUUUCACCUGAUUAACGUUACAUUUUGAGUAAUUAACUCAAUUUUUGUGAUCAACUACCUCAGAACUUGUUCCAAUCAGUUAUAUACUUCUGAUUAACUAAUCCAAGAUUUAGAAGAAUUAGCCCAAUUUCUGUAUAACUAAUUUAACCUACAGUUUUGAAUAACAUUUCUAUUGAUUAAAGUAAUUCUAUUUAUUUGGAACUAGUUCGCUUAACAGUUUCAAAUAAUUAA